AUGGAACACAGAGGUAAUUAUUUUAACAGGACACAGGCCUUCCACUUAUUUAAAUAAUGUUUAAGGCCAGAUCUUAGGUUAGGCUUAUAUCUGUCUGGGCGGUGAUCUAAACCAAAACAUUUCUACUUUUAGUUUUAGGGUCAAUACUUGACUUUUCUAUUUUUUGUCCAUUACAAAACAGAGGUGCCAAGGUUGAUUAAAUACUACACCAUCACAACUGGCAAUACUAUGGGUUCUCAUAUCCAGUUUACGAGACAACUUGGAGGAGGCUUCACUGAAGUGAUGUCACCAGAGCAGAGUGAUGUCAUCGUGGCUUUCUGUCCCAUUGUCUCUCGUGCUGGUACUGAUAUUGAGGCAGCACUGCAGCAGAUUCCAGGUAGCCAACCCCCAAAGUAUCCUCAAACUAUAUUACUGUCUCUUCUAUAUAUUCUAUCUCCACAUCAGUGUUGAUCUAGAUAGAACAUGUAUCAAGAGGCUAAUGACAUUAAUAAAUGCUUUGUUGGUCCCUCAUUCCUUUGACAGAUGAUAAACAUGUCAUUCUGGUAGUCCUGCAUCACUUUUUUAAUCCGGAGUGCACUGUACCUGACAGCAGCAGACUAGUGACCAGAGGUGAUGUAAUACUCACAGUGGACUGUCUGUUCCAUGAGAGUCAGGGAGGACUACUGAACUGUCCUCGCAACAAAGCAGCAGUUGGUAACAUUCUGAUCCAGCUGAACAUGAAGCCAAAGGUAGUUCACCCAUGUUGUAUGUGUAUAUUCGUCAUUCAUUCAUGAUCAUUCAUGAAUUGGACACACAAACCAAACACAUUUGGUUAGCAAAAUGAGUUCAUGCAAAAGCAGAUAUUUUAAUUUAAGGGUCCAAGAGUGUAAAUAAUGUUUUUUUUCAUUUAAAUAUUAGUAUUUGUUAUUUGUAAUCAAAGUAUAUUGAACUACUUUAUUUAGUGUAUUGAAAUACUGUAUUCAUAGGUGACAGAUGUCGUCAUGGACAUCCCUGAUCACAGGAACAGGCCAGUAUGUAUAUUUUCAUUUUAGGAGUUGCCACUUAACUCAACAGCUGACAAAAUACCCAACAAUUGUAUACCACUAUAUGAUGUCAUAUAGAGCUUUUAUACAAAGUGUAUAUACAUUUUGUGUGUAAUUUGCAAUCUUUCUCUCUGCUGCAGCGCACAUUUCUUGGAGGUAAGUACCAGCUAUAAAUCAUACAUUAAUAUGAUAUGUAUGUACAAUAUCUACAUUCACUUGUCAUUUAAGAAAACUGCUAUUGGGGGAUCAAUGUUGAUGCCUGUAAGAAAAACUGACUGUAAAUAGAUAAUGUGGAAGCAGUGUUUGACUACAGUUGCAAAACCACAUCCACCACUUUCUGAUUUCAAAAACUAUUAUGAAGGAAGUGCCUCCUGUCUCGUUUCAAAGAGAUAGCUCAUCUUUAUAACUGGAUUGCCUCAUUUCCAAAUAAGCAUAAUGGAUUACAGUGUAUUUUUCCCCUUGAACUACUUUUGAUGUAAUGCAAUUAAAAAGAUAAAGCAUUCUAUCUAGAUAGUGUGAAUUAUUUCUACAUUUGCUUCAUAUUUUCUGUAUCUUUAUAGGGAUUUCAGGGAUGGUGAGAUUCUUCAUAUUUGUGUAUGGCAAUACCUUGGGUGCUCAUGUGGAUUUGACAAGACAUCUCGUCAUCAGAGGAGGCUGUACUGAAGUGAUGUCACUAGAAGAGAGUGAUGUCGUCAUGGCUUUUUGUCCCAUCGUCUCUCGUGCUGGUACUGAUAUUGAGGCAGCACUGCAGCAGAUUCCAGGUAAUUUAGUCAGGGCAGAAUCAAUCCCUCCAAAAUGAAUGGGAAAAUAGGCAAACAAAAUAAAAUGGUAAUGAGGUGAUGUGUAUUUUGUUUUCUUUUUGACAGCUGGUAAACCUGUCAUUCUGGUAGUGCUGCAUCACACCUUCAUCCCAGACUACACCGUACCUGACAGCAGCAGACUAGUGACCAGAGGUGAUGUAAAACUUACAGUGGACUGUCUCUUCCAUGAGAGCAAGGGACUAUUGGAGUGUCAUCGCAAUGAAGAAGCAGUCAAAGAGAUACUGAGGAAGCUUAAUAUACAUCCUGAGGUAUUUACUCAUCACCACCAUUUUGAAUUUCACUUUGUUAAUGAUGUACUAUGA